AUGGCCUCGGGUGACGUCACCACGAUGCGCCGCGUCCUCUUCUGCCUGCUCUCCCUCUCGCUCAACAGGAACCUCGCGUUCGUCCUGGACAAGCAGAACCCCUACUCGCAGUUCCGCAAGUGGAACGCCGCCCCGAACGGCACACUCGAGCUCGAGUUCAAAACGGACCAGCCCAACGGUCUACUUCUGUAUACGGACGACGGCGGCACAUACGACUUUUUCGAGUUGAAACUGGUGAACGGCGCGCUCCGGCUCAGGUAUAAUCUCGGCGGUGGCGCCCAGAUCAUAACGGUGGGCAGCAACCUGAACGAUGGGCACUGGCAUAAAGUGCAGGUUGCCCGGCGUGACGAGCACACCUCGUUGGCUGUGGACGGUAUAGCGCAGAGCAAAAUCUCACGGGGCAAAGAGUUUGCCUUCGGCAAGUUCAACACCAACUCCGACGUGUUCGUUGGGGGGAUACCGCCGUCG